AUGGUAAAAGUAGUACCACUUAGAUUUAUAACCUAUGAUCCUUUAAAGGAUCCAAGUAAAAUGAUUUAUAGACGACCAAUUUCAAAACCAGUAAAAGCAUUUAAAGGUUUCUUUUCAGAAUUUUUAGGAACAUUAUAUUUGGUUUAUUUCUGUGGUGGGUCAGUAUGUGCAGCUUUUGCAGUUGCAGGUGAUAGUGCAGCUCGUGCAUUAUUAGGAGGACUAAUUCAAGGUAUGGCAUUGGCUGCAUUAAUUUGGGCAGUAUCUGGUGUUUCAGGUUGUAAUUUAAAUCCAGCUGUAACUUUAGCAAAUUUAUUAUCUGGUAGAGUCGGUUUAAUUGAUAGUCUAUAUUAUGUUGCAGCCCAAAUUCUUGGUUGUAUUGCCGGUGCUGGUAUCUUAUAUGGUUGCCUUCCAAAUAUGUAUAGAAUUGACUUGGGUGUUCCACAUUUAGCACCUGGUAUGAAUACUGGUCAAGCUUUCCUCAUGGAGAUGAUGUUAACUAGUAUUCUAUGUCUUUGUGUAUUAGGUACCUCUGUUUUCAAUGUUUGGGAUCGUCGUCUUAAUCGUAUUGCACCAUUUGCAAUUGGUUUAGCUUUAUUUAUUGGAGUAGCAAUAGGUUUUAAUUUCUCUGGAGGUGCUUUAAAUCCAGUUAGAGUUUUAGGCCCAUCAAUCAUAAGUGGAGUAUGGUCUCAUCAUUGGGUUUAUUGGCUCGGUCCUAUAGUUGGGGCCAUCUUGGCUGCUUUCAUCUAUCGUUGCUUAUUACAAGAACGUUUUGAUGUUAUAGAAAGACCUGGAUAUAUUGCACCAUUAAUUGACCCAUCAACUGCAGUUUCUUCUUAUUAA